ACACAAACAAUCGACACAGGGGUCCACGCAUGUGUUUUGUUCGCAAUAACUGUCCGAUGGUUAUUGCAUCUCACGUUAUGAUUGGUAGAUAGGCUACCAGGGAAUCGUGAUGAGUUCUCUCUCUUUUUUACUGAAAUGAAUGAGGAAACUAAAGAAUGAAUGGAGCAAAAAAUAACGUCGUGUGCCUACGUCAUCUCUCCGCGGAGGGAUAUUUUCCGUGAGAAGUGUAGUUCCGGGAUGUGGAACUACUUCUCAGGAUGGAAAGGGAAAACCUUUAAGGGUGUAAGGAUACAACGGAGACUCGCGUCGCUAGCAGGUGCACUACGUAGCGAAAUCGCAAAUACCAGACGGGAAUGAUGGCAUAGCAUAUGGCGUUUCUCCAACGACGGAAGACACUUUCGCCACAAAUCAAUUCCUUGUGCCUUCACGAGAAUAAUGUCACGAGUGGGUGAUGUCUGCUGACCACCUUUCUCCAAAGUGACUGAUAUUUGCCUAUAUAAACUAUUCACUCUACCAACACAAUGUCAGGUACCUACACACCAGCCCCUGGUGGGCCGUUCUCUGCUCUCACCCCAAGCAUGUGGCCCCAAGACAUUUUGGCCAAGUACCAUCAAAAAGAGCCCUCCGAACAGCUGGAACCCCAAUAUGAUGAGUUUGGCUUCAAAGUGGACACUGACGACGUUGUGAAGCCCAGGUCCUGGCUGGGCACUGAAGGCUCACCCCAGCGUGAAGACCCCCAGCAGCGAUUGCGCUGGCAAGCCCACCUGGAGUUCACCCACAACCACAUGGUUGGUGACCUGACCUGGGAGCUCAUUGAUCCUGUCCUCCAACGCUCUGAGCGCCUGCGUUCCCUGGUGCUAGGUGGCAUACCACACAGCAUGAGGCCACAGCUAUGGAUGCGUCUGGCUGGAGCACUGCAGAAGAAGAGGACCUCUGAGAUCUCCUACAGAGAAAUCAUUAAGAAUAGUUCUAAUGAUGACACCAGCUCAGCUAAACAGAUAGAGAAAGACUUGUUACGGACUAUGCCCACCAAUGCGUGUUUCUGUAGCAUGACCAGUGUUGGAGUGCCGAGGCUGAGACGUGUACUGAAAGGUCUGGCCUGGCUCUACCCAGACAUUGGGUACUGCCAGGGCACCGGCAUGGUGGUUUCCUGUCUGCUGCUCUUUCUUGAGGAGGAGGAUGCACUUUGGAUGAUGUGUGCUCUUAUCGAAGACCUCCUUCCUCCAUCCUACUUCUCCUCCACUCUGCUGGGCGUCCAAACGGACCAAAGGGUUCUCCGCCAGCUCAUUGUUCAGUACCUACCUGCCCUCGACCGUCUUCUGCAGGAGCAUGACAUCGAGUUGUCGCUGAUCACACUGCAUUGGUUCCUGACAUCAUUUGCCAGUGUGGUGGACAUCCGUCUGCUCCUUAGGAUCUGGGACCUGCUCUUUUACCAGGGCUCACUGGUGCUCUUCCAGAUCACACUGGGCAUGCUCAAAAUCAAGGAGGAGGAGCUUGUGUCAUCAGAGAACUCGGCAUCCAUUUUCAAUACUCUGUCGGACUUGCCAAGCCAGCUGAGAGAUGGGCCCGCGGUUCUCGGGGAAGCUAUGAGGUUAGCAGGGACUCUAUCCCAGGAAACACUGGAAGCCCACCGGCACAAGCACCUAGCCUACAUCUUAAAUGAACAGGCACAGCUCAACAAUGGAAAUAACGCAACACUCAACACCAACCUCAACAAGGUGGUGAGGAGACAGUCCCUGCGCAGGAAGUCCACCCUGAGCUCCCUGCUGUUUGGGGAGGAUGAGGCAGAGGCCCUAAAAUCCAAGAACAUUAAGCAGACAGAGUAUGUGGCAGCUUUGCGAGAGGCCAUAGCCCGCGCUGCAGAGCACUUCCACUGUCUGGACCCACGCCACUCCAGCACCGAACUGACUCCUGACUACUCCAUGGAGAGCCACCAGCGAGAUCAUGAAAACUUUCUCGUGGUGUCUCGCAACCGACGGAGACGGGGAAAGGCUUUGCUGGACUUUGAGCGUCAUGAUGACGAUGAACUUGGCUUCAGGAAGAACGAUAUCAUCACUAUCAUCUCACAGAAAGAUGAACACUGUUGGGUUGGGGAGCUCAAUGGCCUUAGAGGUUGGUUCCCAGCUAAAUUUGUGGAGAUCCUAGAUGAAAGAAGCAAAGAGUACUCAUUAGCAGGUGAUGACUCUGUGACAGAGGCCGUGACGGACCUGGCCAGGGGCACAUUGUGUCCGGCCCUAAAGGCCAUUUUUCAGCACGGUCUCAAGAAGACAUCGAUGCUGGGAGGACCUUGUCAUCCUUGGUUAUUCAUAGAAGAGGCGGCCACUAGAGAGGUAGAGAGGGACUUUAACUCUGUCUACUCCAGACUUGUGCUGUGUAAAACCUACAGGUUAGAUGAAGAUGGGAAAGUACUAACACCAGAGGAGCUGCUAUACAGAGCGGUGCAGUCGGUCAACAUGAGCCAUGACACGGCACACGCUCAGAUGGACGUCAAGUUUAGGUCUCUUGCCUGCGUCGGCCUUAAUGAGCAGGUGCUGCACCUAUGGUUGGAGGUGUUGUGCUCCAGCAUGGCUGCUGUAGAAAAAUGGUAUCAUCCAUGGUCCUUCCUCCGCAGUCCUGGAUGGGUGCAGAUCAAGUGUGAGCUCAGGGUGCUAUCAAAGUUUGCCUUCAGCCUCUCCCAAGACUGUGAGCUUCCUGACAAGAAAGAGGAGAAGGACCAGAGACCACUGAAAGAGGGGGUGCAGGACAUGUUGGUGAAACACCAUCUCUUCAGCUGGGACAUUGACGGCUAGACACGCAGCAACAUCUGGCUGAAUCCUUCUCUGUCCUGCGUGUGUCUAGUCGAUGUCUCUUUACCUGUUUUUCACAGAUUGUCAAUUAUACAUACGACACCAUUGUCUGUUCCAGUAAGUGACUACUUUCACAGACUCUGUCUGUCACCCUCCAGCAUUGGACAAAGGUCGGCCAGUUUGUAUGUGCUGAAGCAUGUGUGCAUUAAAAUGCACACGUUAUUUUAAUUCAGACCCAGUGUAGAAGGUUGCACCACAUGGUGAAAACUAUGUAUACUAGAAGAAGACUCUAGUACAGAAUAGUCUGUAUCCAUGGGACUGGAGCACUCGGUGUGUCCUAACAGGAAGUAGUGAAACGUUCAGUCCGUUCUAUUGCAUCUGCUCUCAGCAGCACGUCAUUCCCUAGACAAACGGCAGACCAUGUUACCCUGUAUAUUCCCAGAUAAUAAGACCAAAACGGAACAUUCCUAAACAUGGAGCUGUAAAGUUGCAAAUUAUUUUUUGAGAAGAAUGCUACUUACCUCGGUAUCAUAAAUUCCACAAAUCUAUUUCAUUAAAUACUAAUUUUGCACAUGCCAAGUAAAGCCUUUUUGAAUUGUAAUACAAGACUAUGGGUAUGUGUGCUACCUUUAACAGUGGUGGUGAACAGUCUGCACUUGUAUGACAUAAUGUAAAUAAAGCAGAUAAA